AUGGACUCCCUCAUGAUGAUCAACUGCUCCGAUGUAUCGGAUAUUGACCAAACACAAAAAAAGUGUCAGCGAGUCAGCAAAAAAGUGCUGACUCGCCAUCAGACUGAUGCGUCUCACAAGGCUGCCCUCCGCGCUCUCAAAAAUACAUCCUCACUCCCAGGUGCCACAAUAACAACAACGGAGGCGCAACAAUCCAUGGCAGACCGUGUUUGCAACCACAAAGUUCACAACUCAUUAGACUUUGUGAACAAAAUCAAAGGUUUGAAAAUGGCACAAGAAGAAACCAUGGUGUCAUAUGAUGUGACCUCCUUAUUCACUUGCAUUCCAACUAAGGAGGCGGUGGAAACAGUGAGGAAUCACUUGAAACAAGAUAACACACUACAUGACAGAACCAAUCUCACACCAGACCAGAUCUGCCAGUUACUGGAUUUGUGCCUCAACACCACAUAUUUCCAGUUUAACAGCAAAUUUUACAGACAAAAACACGGCUGGUCUAUGGGCUCACCAGUGUCCGCCAUUGUGGCUAAUCUAUACAUGGAAAUGGUAGAACAAAAGGCCCUUAACUCAUUCAAAGGUACACCUCCAAGUCACUGGUUUAGGUAUGUGGAUGACACAUGGGUAAAGAUCAAAACCCAAGAUUUACAAGCUUUCACUGAACACAUCAACUCUGUGGACAAAAACAUCAAAUUCACAAGAGAAGAUGUCAAAGAUAACCACCUACCAUUCCUGGACUGUGACGUUCACCUGGCGGAGGACAGGAGCCUCUACAUUGGGGUAUACAGGAAACCCACACACACCGAUCAAUACCUACUUUUUGACUCACAUCAUCCACUGGAGCACAAACUGGGAGUUAUCAGAACCUUGGAACACAGGGCGGACAACAUACCAACCUCCACUCGGGCCCAAGCAGAAGAACAUAAGCAUAUAAAGGGAGCUCUGAAAACUUGUGGCUAUCCGAGUUGGUCUUUUGGCAAAACAACACGCUCCAGAAAGAAUACCAACAGGGAGGAUGUUGAGAAUAUGGAAGAUAAACACAAAAACAUUGUCAUUCCAUACGUGUCUGGGGUCUCAGAGAAACUCAGGAGGAUUUUUAACAAACAUCAAAUUCCUGUAUGUUUCAAACCCAGCAACACUCUCAGACAGAAACUGGUACACCCCAAAGACAAGAUACCACACAAUCAUAAAAGCAACCUAAUAUAUGCGGUCAAAUGCAGUGAGGAAUGCAAGGACCUAUAUAUUGGGGAAACUAAACAACCUUUGAGCAAACGCAUGGCCCAACACAGAAGGGCUAACUCCUCGGGUCCAGUCUCAGCUGUCUACUCACAUCUAAAGGAAAAAGCACACUCCUUUGAAGACAGCAAUGUCAAAAUCCUGGACAGGGAGGACAGAUGGUUUGAGAGAGGAGUCAAAGAAGCCAUCUAUGUGAAAGUGGAAAAACCAUCACUAAACAGAGGAGGGGGUCUGCGACACCACCUAUCCCCCAUU